UGCUGCUCCUGCUCCAGCACUGUGAUGUUUCUGUUCCAGAUUGUGCUGACUCACAUUCAAGAAAAUAUGAUACACAGACACAUUGCACUGUAACUCUUUUCCUUCCCCCCAGUAACCUCGAAAGUUUCUGUAGCUAAUGCACUAAAUGGCUGAGAGAGCAACUGUUAUAUCAAGAGAUGAAGAGGAGAUCCAAAACAGCAGUGAUGAUGAAGACAGAUUUCCGACUCAAGUUGCUGUAACAACAUCCCCUGGUUGCUCUGCCAGCCCUUCACUAGACAGCCUUGAUAAAGACAAGGGAAGCUCAACAGUGCCAGAAAGACUGUCUGUCCUCUCCAGCAGGGCAGUGGAUCAGCUAAAAGCCCCAACUGGCCCAGAGAUGGUUUGUGGUGGCCAGGCACAGAGGACAGCCCCUGGGCUGGCUGAGCAUCCUCUGGCAGCUGUAGAUGCAUCCUUAGGUGCCUCCUCAUGCCCUGCAGCAGUUGAUAACCUGCUGCCUGUGGACCUUGCCUCCCUGCGUGCCAAAAGCCCUUGCUGCAAUGGCAAACUGAGUUCAGAGGUGCCACGGGUCCCAAGGGUGCCCGGAGAGGCCAGCGAGGCCCUGCAGGCAGGGGCUGACACGCAGCAGGCAGGGAGCGGCACCGAGAGCAGCAUGGCCUCUUGCAGUUUGGGCCAUGUGAUUUGGAUGAAGGCCACAACAGUAAUGGAGACCUUAGAAAAUAAGAAAAAGGAGGAAAAGGAGAAGUACCGGCUCCAGCUAGCUAUGUACCGGCGGCUCCUGCUGUUGCGCUCCAUCAGGAGUUUGCAUAGGCAGCUGGAGCAGCAGCAGGCCAGGCUGCAGGAAUGCUAUGGCAUGGUGAUAAAUACAAAGAAAGAAGUGUUGAAACACAUUUGUACAACCUCACCCUCACCUUCUCCGUAAUCAUGUUGCUGCCUGCAGAAAUGAGCUUUGCAAUGCCACCCGAGCCGCCAGUAAGCUUGCAUGCCAUACGGGUGGUGUCCUCGUGUACGCCGAGUGGAGAGGAAACAGCAGCAGCAGCAGAACAAGAAGAGAGGAGAGAAGGUACAGCGUUGGCCCCUGAAUUUAUCUGGAGGAAUAAAGAGCAAGGGUGAACCUGUGCAAGAAGCUGGCUCCUGAUGCCCAUUCAAAGCCUCAAGGUGAAAAAGGAUUUUUUUGGCAGAUAGGUUUGUAAAAAGAAAAAAAAUCACCACAAACUGGGAACCUAGUCUGUCACCUGACCCAUGAAGGUGGCUGGAUGCAAAGUUGCUGCCUGCUGAAUAUGUGAUAUGGCACAUCUCCCUUCUACGUUCAGAGCCAACAAAACUAGAACAAAUUAGGGUUUAUUUCUCUGCAAGAAUACCUGAAUUUAAAAAGCCAGGAUAUUUGAAACGCUUAGGCUCAGGCUUGAUUAUAUCUACCUAGCUGCCUGUUUUUCACAAAACUGCAAAGGACACUGUAUGUUUGCAAACUCUACUUGCCUUUAAAAUUUAUUCAGAUUGAUCAGAAAUUAUUGUGGGAAGGUAGGACAGCCAAACAUACACAGGGAAAGAGUGCAAAUGCCUAAGCCUGAUUUCCUCAGGAAAGUAAUGUAAAAACAAGGGCCUUGUAGUCUGACAUUGCAUUGGAAACCCAGGCUGGCAGUGCCAGGGGAAUGUUCAAGGUCUGCACAAUUAUUAAUCUGCUGCUAAUUCCCAGUGGCACUAGCAUCUGCAAAUCAAGCAUAUUUUGUGCCUUACUGCUGUCAUUUAAUGGAAGUUGGUGACAAUUAGCACUUUUUAUCCAGGUGUAUUAGACAUGUGGAAAACCCUGCAGCGCUGUUUCUCCAAUUGCAAGGUUAGGAUGCCUGCAGGGAAUUUGAUGUCAGUAUGCAACAAACACACAGGGAAAAUGAAAACAAAAAGAUGCAACUUUCUUGUAUGCAUUUAAAAGGCAAUGUGAGUCACUAUUAUUGAACAGUAAAUUGAAUAGUUGAAUGUGCUAUUUUAGGAUUGGAAGCAAAAUAUGAUUCAAGAAGAAAAGCUACAGAAAAUUUUCCCAUUCUAGGACUUCAAGGGAUACAGAAAAAUCACUUUUUUUUCCCAAAUAUUUAUUUCUGAUCAUGCCAGCUUUCCUUUCCCCCUGUUGUUUUUCAAUUUUUUAUAUAAUUGAUUAUCUAGAUGAACAAUCAAACAGGUUUUAGUGUGGGGUUUUUUUCUGCAUAAAAAGGCAGGUCUACU